UGAGACAGAGAGAGAGCGCGUGAGUGAGAGAGCGAGCCACCUACUCCACAGCGCGCGGGGCUCGUGCAGCAUGUCAGAGAUGUGAAGCGGCGGGAAGCAGCAUGGCGGGAGGACGGCGGGGUCUCGUGGCCCCUCAGAACACGUUCCUGGAGAACAUCGUCCGUCGGUCCAACGUUUGGACAUUAUCACAUAGACAGACAGAUACAAACUUCGUGCUGGGGAACGCUCAGAUCGUGGACUGGCCGAUCGUCUACAGCAACGACGGCUUCUGCAAACUGUCCGGGUACCAUCGGGCCGAGGUGAUGCAGAAGAGCAGCACCUGCAGCUUCAUGUACGGAGAGCUGACGGACAAGGACAUGGCGGACAAAGUGCGGCAGACCUUUGAAAGCUACGAGAUGAACUCUUUUGAGAUUCUGAUGUACAAGAAAAACAGGAUGCCAGUCUGGUUUUUCAUGAAGAUUGCUCCAAUCAGGAACGAGCAGGAUAAAGUGGUCCUGUUUCUCUGCACCUUCAGUGACAUCACCGCCUUCAAGCAGCCAAUCGAGGACGACUCUUCAAAAGGUUGGGGUAAAUUUGCCCGUCUGACUCGUGCGCUGACCAGCAGUCGAGGCGUUCUGCAGCAGCUCGCUCCAGCUGUGCAGAAAGGAGAGAACGUCCACAAACACUCACGGCUGGCAGAGGUUCUCCAGCUGGGCUCAGACAUCUUGCCUCAGUACAAACAGGAAACCCCGAAGACCCCUCCCCACAUCAUCCUGCACUACUGCCUCUUCAAGACCACGUGGGACUGGGUCAUCCUCAUCCUCACCUUCUACACCGCCAUCAUGGUGCCCUACAACGUGUCCUUCAAGACCAAGCAGAACAACGUCACCUGGCUGGUGGUGGACAGCAUCGUGGACGUCAUCUUCCUCGUGGACAUCGUCCUCAACUUCCACACCACCUUCGUCGGCCCGGCCGGGGAGGUGAUCUCCGACCCGAAGCUCAUCCGCAUGAACUACGUGAAGACGUGGUUCGUCAUCGACCUGCUGUCCUGCCUGCCGUACGACGUCAUCAACGCCUUCGAGAACGUGGACGAGGGCAUCAGCAGUCUCUUCAGCUCUCUGAAAGUGGUCCGUCUGCUGCGUUUGGGUCGAGUCGCCAGGAAGCUGGACCACUACAUCGAGUACGGAGCGGCCGUCCUUGUGUUACUGGUCUGUGUGUUCGGGCUGGCUGCUCAUUGGCUGGCGUGCAUCUGGUACAGCAUCGGGGACUACGAGGUGAUCGAUGAGGACACCAACAGCGUGCGGAUGGACAGCUGGCUGUUCCUGCUGGGGGAGACGGUCGGGACGCCCUACAGGUUCAACGCCUCGGGGUCCGGCCGCUGGGAGGGCGGGCCCAGCAAGGACUCGGUGUACAUCACCUCGCUGUACUUCACCAUGACGAGCCUCACCAGCAUCGGCUUCGGGAACAUCGCGCCCAACACGGACGGAGAGAAGAUCUUCGCCGUGGCCAUGAUGAUGAUCGGAUCGUUGCUCUACGCCACCAUCUUCGGUAACGUCACCACCAUCUUCCAGCAGAUGUACGCCAACACCAACCGUUACCACGAGAUGCUGAACAGUGUGCGAGACUUCCUGAAACUCUACCAGGUCCCUAAAGGCCUCAGCGAGAGGGUGAUGGACUACAUCGUGUCCACAUGGUCCAUGAGCAGAGGCAUCGACACCGAAAAGGUGCUGCAGAUUUGUCCCAAAGACAUGCGUGCGGACAUCUGUGUCCACCUCAACAGGAAGGUGUUCAAGGAGCACCCGGCGUUCAGGCUGGCGAGCGACGGCUGCCUGCGGGCGCUCGCCAUGGAGUUCCAGACGGUGCACAGCGCGCCCGGAGACCUCAUCUUCCACGCCGGAGAGAGCGUGGACACACUCUGCUUCGUGGUGUCGGGGUCGCUGGAGGUCAUCCAGGACGAAGAGGUGGUGGCCAUUUUAGGUAAAGGCGACGUGUUUGGUGACGUGUUCUGGAAGGAGAUGACGCUGGCGCAGUCGUGCGCUAACGUGCGGGCGCUGACCUACUGCGACCUGCACAUCAUCAAGAGAGACGCGCUGCAGAAAGUCCUCGAGUUUUACGCCGCCUUCGCAAACCACUUCUCUCGAAACCUGCUGCUCACCUACAACCUGAGGAAGAGG